AUGAAACUGACUUGUGGCUUACGAAGUCCGCCGGGGCCAGGGGGACACAUUCAGCUUCGUGUUAGUUAUUACGGAGAUUCACAGGCCCUAGAACUUCAUCUUCACCCAUUUAUCCCAUAUUGCCCUCCCCAUUUACGUUUUCAUUUUUUUUUUCCAGAGUUGUAUCUGGUCUCCCUCGCGAGUGAACUAAUCUGGUCUCCUCUCUCUGCUCUCCCGUCGUCCUCCCACCGUCGAGCUUCUCACCGUCCACCGUCUUCAACUACAGCCAGCGGCAACAAUCUCGCCUGUCCUCUCUCCCGUGUGCUCUCUCUGGUGUGUGGUCCUUGUUCUCUUGAGGCGUCCUCCCUCCCACCGUCGACCUGGUCGCCGUUCAGCAUCUCCGAGCUACACAAUAUGAAGAAGUUAGAGUCUAUGAACACAUUGGUAUCAUCUAUUUGUGGACCUAAAGUAUGGGAAUCUUCAAGUGGAGCUUGUCUAAUUCUUACAAUAGGAAUGAAGGUGAGGACGAAGAUGUAUAUCACCCAAGUAUGGCAACUGAGGGCAUUGAUUUGGACGAAGGUUCAGGAGAUAGUGAUGAGAUUUUAGGAGCUACUAUUAGAGUAAGCAGUGAAUGCAAUAAAAUAGUUCUAAGUACUUUUCAAGGAGCCUUAAGUGGAGGCAGUGGUAGAGAAAGAAGGAUGAAAGCCUAGCAGUAGGAAAAGAAAAAGGCACCUAGUACAAGUCAAAUAGCAGGUGCAAUGAGUGUGAUAGCUCAAACAAUAAAGGAAGAAUCUGAACAAGCCAAGGAAACAUCAAUUCCUCAAGUCAUGUUUAUAGUCAAACAAUGAAAAGAAGUUGUAGCUAACAAAUAUUGGGUUUCACGAUGUAUGUCACUCUUCAUAUCCUAAGAGGACAAGGUCGUGUUUUUGACCAUGAAGGAUGAUAGAGAUGGUGUUUUGGACUGGUUGAGAUAUGAGUGUUAUAAAAGUGGUUGAUUAUGAGGGUUUUAAAACUUGUUAUGAACAUAUUAUCUUAUUUGAAGAUUAGUCUAACAUAUUUGUAUUACAUUGUUGAAUUUGACUUAUGUAACUCUUUGAACUAUUUAUGCCCUUUUUAUAUA